CUGAAAGAUGCAGAGGUUCUCUUCACUUUUUUUGUGUGAAUGAAAAACAGAGAGAGAAAACCAAGCGAGAGUGAGUGAAGAGUGAAAUGGAAGAAUCACCAUAGCCACCACUUCCCACCACCGCUAUGGCGACAUCGACGAACACUUUCCUCCUCGCAGCUCCGUCGUCAACGGCGAAGCGACCGUGUCCGUCGCAAAACCCUAGACCACCGCCGGAGACACUCAACCAGGUGGAAGAGCAUGUCCUCGAUGCAUUUCUCGCUCUCUCUGAUUCCCCUUCUCUCUCCCUCGAUCUCCCCCUUGAGAGCCUUCUCGAAUCGCUCCCUUCUGAUUCUGAUCAGACGGAACUCAUCGAUCGCGCUCUCAAAAUUGGAUCCAUGCUGCUUGAUGCUGCUAAACAGUCCUCAAGGAAACGUGCUUCCAAGCAUAAUUCAAUCGCUUGGCCUCUCCCUCCUGACCUCACUAUCAAGGUGUUCUCAGCUCUUGAUACUCAGAGCCUGUGCUAUGCGUCUGCUACUUGUACAUUGUUUAAUAAAUGUGCUAAGGAUCCUUUGUGCUAUGAGAAUCUUGAUUUGACCACACUUGUUCCCAAGGUUAACAAUUCAGUGGUUUCAACAAUGAUUCAGCGAGCUGGAAAGGCACUGAGGUCUCUUAAGCUUGGUGUGAUCCCUGGUGCUACUCCUUCACCUGGGUGUUGUCAACCAUUGGUUUGUCCCAUCAGAAAUGCCAUUGUAGACGUAUCCAACUUCUCAUGGACUGAUAAGAGAUCUCGACAGGGGAGAGAAUCUUCUAUUCUUACAAGAUCCUGUUUAAGCCCCUUAAGUAGGGAUGUUGGUGCAGCUGCUCCAGGGGCUCUUUUGAGAAGGCUGAAAUUGUACAAUAUUGAAAGGAUGGAUAAUGUAUCACUUAGUGGGGCAUUAUCAGCAUGCCCUUCUCUUCUUGACUUGGAAAUUGUCGGGCUUCAUGUUGAAUUGAGGCUAACGUUGAUGUCAGUAAGCGCGCACUGCCACUUGAUUGAGCGUUUGUUUUUUGAGUCUUCCAAAACAGGUAGAGACGACAGUUUGAAAACGCAAACCUGUGUUGAGCUAGUGGAUAAUUGUCCUCAUCUAACUUCUCUGUCCCUUAGAGGUUUUAAGCUACAUGAUUAUAAAGUUCGUGUACUGGUUAAGGGAUUUCGUAAACUGAAAUAUGUUGAUUUUUCUACAUCCUAUUCAAUCACCGGAAGCUUCUUAAGAAACCUUGGAAGCUACAAUGGUGGGAAUUCUCUUGAGGCUUUAAUUUUAAGGGAUUGCAUGCAUUUGAAAGAGGUGGAAGUUGCCAGGUUGCUGACAGCAAUUCUUGCAGGCGAUUUCAAAUCGCUCCUACAUCUUGAUAUUUCCAAUCGGGAAGGCUUAGCAUCUGAGGGUGAUUGGUACCAUAGGUGCUACAACUCUAGUAUCAUGCCUGUAAAGCAGGUUUUAGAAGCAAGGCCUGAUAUGUGUCUGGUAGCUGAAUAUCCUCAAGAAGGAAGUUACAUGGACUCGUUUGACACUGAUAUGAACAGUGAGAUAAGUCUUCCAUCACAAUUGAGCUUUCAUAGUUCAGAUGGAUUGGUUUUUUUAAGUACAUCUGAAAGCAGCUACAAUAGUGACCAUGGUAGUGGUAAUGAGGAUGGUCAAGAGGCCAACUAUGUAAUUUACGAGGAAAGUUCAGACGAGAUAGACUUCUUGUCCCUGUAGGGGAUGCUCUCAUUGUACGGCAUUCAUUAAAAAGGACAAAUUUAUUGAACUAGAAACCAGGGGAACUGCAGAGGAAGAAGGAUAGGGCAGAUAUUAGACUGUGAAGAUUGAUUUUUCUCUUACCUUAUCUUCAUUGAAGUUCACUGCUGGAAUAUUCAAUCUGGAGGAAGAUUGGAGGUUGGUAACAGUUUUCUUGUUAGGCAUUUUUUUCCUUAUUUGCAGAAAUGUCAAGUAUCUGCCACUUUGGGAUUAGUGCUCCGACCCUCUCUCUCCCCUCCAAUCCGGGCUGCUCUCAUUCUCCAUCCCCUCAUUUCCCAAGAGAAAUCUGUGCCAAUCCAGAAAUCAAUGGAUUUAUUGAGUCAAAUAUGCAAAUGAUUUUUACAUUUUAUGUAUUUUUUUGCACUUCAUAUUGUCAAGUUAACACUGCAAUAAUAACCAACGUGCUUUCUGUGCACGUUGGGGCGGAAAACUGUUCUGCAAUUUGAUUUUGAAUUGUCCUGUAACUACAUAUAAUAAUACCAUUGCAGUUCAUUUUGCUACUGAGU